GCCUUCCCAGGUUCACCAGUCAGCCAGAAUCAUCGUCUGUCUAUAAAGGAAACAGUGCAAUCCUUAACUGUGAAGUCAAUGUUGACCUUGCACCAUUUGUAAGGUGGGAGCAGGAUCGUCAGCCAGUCUUUCUGGAUGAUCAUGUAUUUAAAUUGCCAAGUGGAGCUCUAAUUAUUAGCAAUGCUACUGAUAUGGAUGGAGGACUCUAUCGCUGCAUCAUUGAAAGUGGUGGGACCCCCAAAUACAGUGACGAAGCAGAGCUCAAAAUUCUUCCAGAUCCAGAGGUGCCACAGAGCUUGAUGUUUGUGAGGCAGCCCUCUUCACUUACUAAAGUUACUGGGCAAAGUGCAGUUUUUCCAUGUGUUGCCGUAGGAUUUCCAACUCCAUAUAUCAGGUGGACAAGAAAUGAAGAGGAGCUUAUCACAGGAGGCUAUGAAAGAUUUCUUCUGCUUGCGGGAGGCAGUCUGGAGAUCAGUGAUGUUACAGAAGAGGAUGCUGGGACGUAUAUCUGCAUAGCAGAUAACGGAAAUGAGACGAUUGAAGCUCAAGCAGAACUUACAGUUCAAG